AAUGUUGUUUAGGAUGUGUUCCAUGAUGCAAACCCAGCUUUACUAGCUAAAAACUGUUGAUACUUUCCAUACUUUCUGAAUUUUUUUAUGUUUGUGUCACGCUGUAUUACUGCCAUCAUCCGCGUUAUCGUUGGUAGUAAUCGUGGGUAACUUCAACUUAAAAAAAACUUCAACUUAAAAGAUACAACAUUUUCGGUCAACAAACAGACGGAUAACUCGAACUCCAACUUGAUCUAUGUCUAAGGAUAAAUGAGCAAACAUUUAAAGUAGUAUUCCCCAAUUGGCAGGAAUUCAUUAAUCACACAGCAAGGACAAGACAAGAAACUUUCGGCAAAAAAUUGUCUUAAACGAAGCAAUAUGGUUUAUGAUACCUUUCCGACACUUAACACAGUAUGGAGAGAUUAAUUUUGAAAUACACCAGCAAGUAUAUCACAAGUUAAUGUACCCACAAAAGGUCAAAGAACAAGGGGCGCAAGGGAACAUCCUACGCAAUUUUACAACAGUCUAUGAUAUCAGUUUGCAGGAUAUAAAGAGUGAUUUUUUAGAUUCAAGACUUUUCGUGUGUACCGCAACACAUCAGUAAAGCAAUAAUUAAUGUGUUUCUAGUGCCUAGAAUUUGUCUAAGGUUGGCUUCGAUUGUGCUGUUAGCAACCUGUUGGCUUGGCAAACAUGACGAGCACACCUUCAUCGGACAGUGAGGAGCAAUAUGAUGCCUUGACCGAGGAGUUGCAUAAUAUCCAAUCGGUCAUACAUGUGACCAGGGAAAAUAUCGAUGCUCUCAAUGCUAGAUUUGCCAAUCUACAAGAGCCUCCACCCAUGUAUAUUGCAGAGUAUCAGGAGUUGACUUCAAAGCUACAUGAGUUGGAGACCAAGGAAUCAGAGCUGAUAGAGCAGCUGAGUGCACAGCAGGAAUUGGAGGAGAAAGAACAACAUCAGAGAGAAGUAAAUGAGUAUGCUUUCCAGUCGCACUAUCAAAAUCAGCAACAAAUACAACAACAGUUGCUGGCCAGGCCGCCCUAUGCUGCAAGCGACAUGACCGAUAGUUUAAUAUCCACUCAGAGCAAUCAAUAUGGUGGUAGUCAGUGCAGUACACUAACACGGCAGCGAAAAGUAUUAAUGAGGGCCCACCUGCCCAACCAACAGAGAACCUCUGUGGAAGUUGUACCAGGCGUGCGACUGUGCGAUGCUUUAAUGAAAGCUUUGAAGUUGCGGCAAUUGACGCCGGACAUGUGCGAAGUAACAACUUCGGAAAACGGUCGCCAUAUCAUUCCGUGGCAUACUGACAUUGCUACCAUACAGGUGGACGAGAUCUAUGUAAGGUUAUUGGAUAAGUGUCCCAUAAUGACACAUAUUUCUCACCAGUUCAUACGAAAAACAUUCUUUUCCCUGGCCUUUUGUGAAUGUUGUCGUCGACUUUUAUUUACCGGGUUUUAUUGCAAUCAAUGCAAUUUUCGGUUUCAUCAAAGAUGUUAUGACAAAGUGCCCACGCUGUGUCAACAAUUUCCGGUGGAUAGUUACUAUCAGCGUUUGCUAGCACAAAAUCCAGAGAAUGCAGUAGGCAUAUUGCAUCCUGGACGUGGUAUGGUGGGAGAUUAUCAGGCUCGCCAUCCACGGUCUAUAAGUCAACAGGAUCGUUCAAAUUCAGCUCCCAAUGUUUGCUACAAUAACAUCAAACCCUUAACCGAGGCCCAAUGCAAAUUAAUGCAAGCUCAUGGCCCGUUACAAAAUGCUGGUGACCAUUCCAAUUCAACGCAGGCUUCACCCACCAGCACGCUCAAACAUGUAAAAAGGGAAAGAGCCAGGUCAGCAGAUGAGAGCAAUAAAAACUUGUUGUCUUCCAAUAGAUCCUCGGAGGAAAAUUGGAACAUACAAGCAGAAGAGAUUUUAAUAGGACCUCGAAUUGGUUCAGGUUCCUUUGGGACUGUAUACAAAGCCCAUUGGCAUGGCCCGGUGGCCGUUAAAACCCUCAAUGUAAAAACGCCUAGCUUGGCUCAGUUGCAAGCCUUCAAAAAUGAAGUUGCCAUGUUGAAGAAAACUCGGCAUUGCAAUAUUCUGUUGUUCAUGGGUUGUGUUUCAAAACCUUCUUUGGCCAUUGUAACUCAAUGGUGCGAAGGCAGCAGUCUCUAUAAGCAUAUUCAUGUGAAAGAGACAAAAUUUAAAUUGAAAACUCUAAUAGAUAUUGGAAGACAAGUGGCCCAGGGAAUGGAUUAUUUACACGCCAAAAAUAUCAUACAUAGAGAUCUCAAAUCCAAUAAUAUAUUCUUGCAAGACGAGUAUUCGGUUAAAAUAGGCGAUUUCGGUCUGGCAACUGCGAAAACUCGUUGGUCCGGUGAGAAACAAGCUAAUCAACCAACUGGCAGUAUUCUCUGGAUGGCUCCUGAGGUCAUACGUAUGCAGGAGCAGAAUCCCUACUCUUUCCAAUCUGAUGUAUAUGCCUUUGGCAUUGUUUUGUAUGAAUUAUUGGCCGAAUGUCUGCCUUAUAGUAACAUCAACAAUAAGGAUCAGAUACUUUUUAUGGUGGGGCGAGGACUUCUGAAACCCGACAUGACUCGUAUUCGCUCCGAUGCUCCACAAGAUUUAAAACGUCUUACAGUUGAUUGCAUAAAAUAUGAUCGCAAUGAAAGGCCAUUGUUCCGUUUGAAUCUUAAUAUGCUGGAGUAUAUUUGGCGAACGCUGCCUAAACUACAUCGCAGUGCUAGUGAUUCUACAUUGACGCAAACACAAUUACAUCACGACGACUUUCUCUAUUCCUGUCCCAGCCCCAAGACUCCUGUAAACUUCCAAUUUUACCAUAGUGCUGGUAAUAUCUAGCGCUGAUGCUGAUCGUUUACCUCACUUGUGAUAAGAAAAAGAAUUAUUUGAAUCAUUAUUGAGAUUAUUAUGAUACUGGAUGAUAACAGCGCGUAAACACUGCAGUAGCUACUUAAAAAAAAGAAAUUAAACCGAACAAAGCUUUUAACUUGAUGGCACUUAAACACACAUAUAUGCAUACUGAAAUGAUACAUCAUCACCAACUAUAAAAGGCAAUCGAAUUGCAUAAAUGAAUCAGAAUGAUGUUGUUGGAAAAUGUCUUAGCAUAUGAAUCAUCAUUAUUUCAGUAAUCCAACUAAGCAACUAAACCAAUAUUUGUGUAAAUAUGAAACCAAAAUAUAGAAAUGGAUGAGGCCCGCUCUUUCUUCUCCUUGCAGAAGGUGUGGGUGGCCUCGAAUGUUUUAAAUUCAGCAUAAUCCUCAUGUAACUCAAAUCAAAACAUUAGAUGCCUCCAUUAGACUUUUAAAACUCAAGUAAAACGAAACGAAAAUAGCAACUUUUGUUAAA